AUUGAAGGUCUGUCAGGGUUGGAGAAUGAAUCUGAAAAUGCUCCUAAUCUUCAUUGCAUUUCUGCUUGCCUCUGUACUGGGCUUCCCUAUUCAGGACAACUAUGAAAACAGCACAGCAACAGCAACAGAAUCUACUCAGGUUACUACAGAAGAGGAUAUAUACGACUCUCCAUCACCAACAGAGAUAGACUCUGAAGAUGAAGUUAUUUUUAACAGAAUUUUGGAAGUUAACAAAGACAGCUCUCAGUACUUGCAAGAAGGUGACAUAGUCCCUCGAAGGAGCCGCAGUGCCAUCAACUGUCGCAAUUGCUAUUGGCCUCAGUCCAGGGAUGGGAUUGUUCGUAUUCCCUAUGUCUUGGAUCCUACUUAUGAGGAGAACCAUGUGAAAGGGAUUCAUGAAGCCAUGGCAGAAUUUGAAACACUGACUUGUAUUAAUUUUGUGAAGCGCAAGACAGAACGUGACUACCUCAUCAUUAGAUCUGCUGAUGGAUGCUGGUCCAACUAUGGAAAAGUAGGAGGUGGGCAGACGGUAUCUGUGAUGAAAGGAGGCUGCAUGUGGAAAGGAAUUAUUCAGCACGAACUGGACCACGCUCUGGGAUUUUUGCAUGAGCAUUCUCGAAGUGACAGGGACAGAUAUGUAAGGAUCAUGUGGGAGUACAUCAGCCCAGCUGACAGACCAGACUUCAGGAAAUUUGAAAACUCCAACAAUCUAGGCCUUCCUUAUGACUAUUCUUCAGUAAUGCACUAUGGCCCACACACAUUCACUAAUACCACUGGAAAAGCAACAAUUGUACCGGUUCCUGAUGGAUCAGUGCAUAUUGGACAGAGGCUGGGGCUGAGCAACUUGGAUGUGGCCAAAAUCAACAGGCUUUACAAUUGCAGUCGCUGCAGCACUAUUAUUGAUGCAGCGUUUGGGUCACUGAAAUCUGCCAACUACCCAAGAAACUAUUCAGAUAACACCAACUGUGUCUGGCUUAUCCGAACCCGAUCCAGAAAGAUUUCUCUGCACUUUCGUGCCUUCCAGCUGAGGACAACCAGAGGCUGUCAGGGUGAUUAUGUUAAAGUUUACGAUGGAUCCAGCAAGUAUUCUGCAGUUCUAAUGGACAAAACCUGUGGAUCACAGAUACCCGCUGACAUAGUUUCUUCUAGCAAUCUUAUGCUCAUAGAGUUUGUCACAGAUGGUGCUGAUACAGCUUCUGGUUUCCAAGCCACCUUUACUUCUGCAAGGAUCCAAAGAAGAUUUAGCAUCCACAACUGAUUUAAUGGAGAAGAAUCUAUUCUGUGAAUAUUGAAAUUAUGGAUUUCCAACUCUGCUCCUAUCUUGGCUUGGAUCAGUAUGCAAUUUAAUUCUAUUAAGAAUCAAAUUCUUCAUCUUCUUGGGAAAGUUUUUUCCCCAAGCCAUAUAAAUGUAUGAAUUCUAUACAUCCUAGUGUAUUAUC